AUUGACGUUUUGCACUCGGACAGCCGGACGUGACGUAGGAGGUAGUGCAGACUUAUGGGAAGCGUGACGGUAGUUCUAAAGCGAUAAACCAAGUUCGUUUUUACCUUCGUCAAAACUUGUAACCCUCAGGGUUUCCCGUCUUCAAACCACUAUGGCUUAUCCCGGAUACGGAGGGUACGGAGGCCCCAUGCAGGGAGGCCCCAUGCAGGGAGGCCCCAUGCCGGGGGCUCCUAUGCCAGGUGGACACAUGCCCGGCCAAAUGUUUGGACAGAUGGGGGGCGCGCCACCCCAAGGAGGAUAUGCACCGUAUGGUGGAGGCUACCCAGGAGCAUACGGCGCCCCGCCUCCAGCCGCCAACGACCCCAUGUGGGGUUACUUCACAGCCAUAGCGGGGCAGGAUGGAGAGGUCGACGCUGAGGAGUUGCAGAAGUGUCUGACUCAGGCCGGCUUCACCGGCAGCUACAGCCCGUUUAGCCUGGAGUCCUGCAGGAUCAUGAUCGCGAUGCUCGACAGGGACUAUACGGGGAAGAUGGGCUUCAACGAGUUCAAGGAGCUAUUUGUAGCUCUGAACGGCUGGAAGCAGAACUUCAUGAUGUUUGAUCAGGACCGCAGCGGAACGGUUGAGCCCCGGGAGCUGUCGCAGGCCAUCAACGCCAUGGGUUUCAGGGUCAGUCCUCAGGCCUUAAAUGUCAUCAUCCAGCGCUACAACAAAGGAGGAAGAAUCUUUUUCGACGACUACGUGGCGUGCUGCGUCAAACUCAGAACGCUAACGGAGAACUUCAGGCGCAGAGACACCAUGCAGCAAGGAAGCGUCACCUUCCAGUACGACGAUUUCAUCCUGUGCAGCAUGGCUGUCUAAGCGUCGCCAUCACAACAGGAGGUCCAGAUUUCAGCAGGUGUCGGCGCUGAAGUGUAACCUCAGUUUUAAUGCCUCGGCGCCGUGUGAAGGACAUAAUUUAACCAGGUGCACUUAGAUAUUUCCUUUCACACAAGGGAACAGCUUGAAAUAAGGGAGUUUGUUUAAAGCCAGAUGUGUUUGCAAUCCCUUAUUCGGCCACAAGAGGGCAGACGGGCCAUUAAUCGCAAUGUACUGUGCCAUUUUCACCUCUGCUUUUUUUUUUUUUUACUUGUAUAAAAACACUUAUGUGGAACCGCUUUAGUGACUUAAUGUUAAAUUGCUACCAAACACAGCCAAACGAGUUUGUUACACUCAGUAAACGUCUGAAUCAUUGUGUAAUUUGUUUAUUCGUCUGUACAAUUGUGCAUCAUCCCAAUCUAUUUACAGUUUUCCUUUAAAUAAGAGUCAACAGAAACAUUCAGGUCAGCUUUUAAGUGUUGCAUUGUAUAAAAUACAGUGGCAAACCUUUAAAAAAAUGCAUAAAAACAAUUGUGAACAGC